AUGUUCCAGAUGGAUUACUCUUACCUCAACUCGUACGACUCGUGCGUGGCGGCCAUGGAGGCCUCCGCCUACGGCGACUUCAGCCCCUGCAGCCAGCCCGCCGGCUUCCAGUACAGCCCCCUGCGGCCCGGCUUCGGGGCCAGCCCCGCCUGCCCCUCCCUGGCCGCCCCCAACUGCGCCCUCGGGCCCCUCCGAGACCACCAGCCCUCCCCCUACUCCACAGUGCCCUACAAGUUCUUCUCGGACCCGUCGGGGCUGAACGAGAAGCGCAAGCAGCGGCGGAUCCGCACCACCUUCACCAGUGCGCAGCUCAAGGAGCUGGAACGCGUCUUCGCCGAGACCCACUACCCGGACAUCUACACCCGCGAGGAGCUGGCCCUCAAGAUUGACCUCACCGAGGCCCGGGUCCAGGUCUGGUUCCAAAACCGCCGAGCCAAGUUCCGGAAGCAGGAACGGGCCGCCAGUGCCAAGGGCAGCGGGGCGGGGGCCGGCGGCCCGGGGGGCAAGAAGGCCGAAUCGCGCUCGUCGUCGUCGGAGGACGAGUCCAAGGAGUCCACGUGCAGCCCCACGCCCGACAGCACGGCCUCCUCCCUGCCUCCGCCCAGCGGGCUGGCCAGCCCCAGCCCCAGCCUCAGCCUCAGCCCCAGCCCGGGCCUGCCCGCCCCCCACGGCCCCCAGCCUCUCAAGGGGCCACUGUGGGCCGGUGUGCCCGGGGCCAGCGGGCCCGGCGCGGCCGGCAGCAGCACGGCCGAGCUGCUCAAGGCCUGGCAGCCGGCCGAGCCCAUGGCGGGGCCCUUCUCCGGGGUCCUGUCCUCCUUUCACCGGAAACCCGCCCCGCUCAAAACGAACCUCUUCUAAGCCCCCAGCUCCAGCCCCCAGACCCCUCAGCAGCUGCCGGGGAUUAC